UCUACCCCUACAACUCAGCAGACCUCCUCCAUGGCUUCCAUUCAACGGUCGCCCGUAGCCGCCAAGAUCGUACCGCCUCAACCUGCUCCCGCCAAGACCGGAAACUCGACGGAUGCCUUCCUUAAGGACUUCACACUGGUCGCCGAGGCCGCAAAGCGUGCCCAAAUGGCCGUGAUGAUGCGUGACUUUGAGGAUAUCGGUCUCUCAUAA